AUGGCCAAGCUGGGUUUUCAAACUCCGGCCGGAGAACGUGGUGGCAACGACAUUAAUGUUGAACCGUGUAGACCAGCUUGUAAACUAGUCACGCCGACUGUAUUCACCGCUCGAGCGAACCAAGCCUACCCUUACCACCUGCUCACCGAUGAAGAUGGCCGAGUUUAUUGGAGGGAG